AUGACUGCCAACCGCCCUCAUCCUCCGCCCCCUCCGACCUCACCUACUUCCGUUCCUACUCCAUCAGAUACUCCCACUACCGAUUCUCAGUCACUGCAACACGAUGAUCUCUCAAUCUUGUCAGAGGACGCGUCUCUUCCCAUCGCCAUUGUGGGCAUGGGAUUCCGAGGUCCAGGGGAUGCCGUGAACGUCCAGAAACUAUGGGAUCUGAUCAUUGAAGGCCGAGAGACUUGGAGCAGAAUACCGGACUCCAGGUGGAAGGUUGAAAGUUUCCAUCAUCCAGACUACGCGAGACAUGGAACCAUCAAUGUGGAAGGUGGCCACUUUCUCGAGGAGCACCCCUCUUUUUUCGAUGCUCCCUUCUUUAAUAUGAGCAGUGACGAGGCAGCUGCAAUGGACCCUCAGCAAAGGCUCUUGUUGGAGGUUACAUACGAAGGGCUCGAGAGCGCUGGGAUUCCACUCCCAAAGAUAAUGGGCAGCCAAACCGCCUGUUUCGUUGGUUCCUUCAACGCGGAUUAUACGGAUCUUCUUCUCCGCGACCCGGAGUGUGUCCCCAUGUACCAGUGCACCAAUGCCGGACAGUCGCGUGCUAUGACAGCAAAUCGCAUCUCAUAUUUUUUCGACUUAAAAGGACCAAGUGUCACGGUUGAUACGGCUUGCUCGGGAAGUCUGGUGGCCCUUCACCUGGCAUGUCAAAGUUUGCGGACAGGGGACGCCACCAUGGCGGUUGCUGCGGGUGUCAAUAUUAUCCUCAGCCAUGAGUUCAUGUCAACUAUGACUAUGAUGAAGUUCCUUUCUCCCGAAGGCCGCUGCCAUACUUUCGACCAAAACGCUAAUGGGUACGCGCGUGGCGAAGCCAUUGGUUCGUUAAUACUUAAGCCACUUAAAGAUGCAAUUCGGGAUCACGACCCAAUUCGAGCCAUAAUUCGAGGCUCGGGUACAAAUCAGGAUGGAAGGACUCCAGGUAUCACGCUGCCUAGCGGCGUCGCACAGGGGGCACUGAUACGCCAUGUAUAUAAGACUGCAGGUUUAGACCCAGCGGAAACGGAGUUUGUCGAAGCUCACGGGACUGGCACUCAAGCUGGUGACCCGAUAGAAACCGGUGCCCUGGCAAAAGUGUUCUGUCAAGACCGGGAUCCAACGCAACCACUGCGAGUGGGCUCGAUAAAAACCAAUGUCGGGCAUCUCGAAGGAACAAGUGGCGUUGCUGGAGUAAUCAAAGCGAUAUUGAUGUUAGAGAACUGUACAUUCCUUCCCAGUCGGGGCUUCAAGUCAUUGAACCCGCGAAUACUGCUUGACGACUGGAAAGUCAAGAUACAACUCAGUCCCGAGACCUGGAGGUCAGCGGGUCCUCACCGCGUCUCUGUCAACAGCUUCGGUUACGGGGGUAGCAAUGCACACGUCAUAGUGGAAGAUGCCAUGGGAUAUCUCUCUCAGCGGGACUUAGCAUUUGUAAUACGAAGUCCCACACUAACAGAUAGCUCUCACUGCAAUUUCUCUGAGAACUUUAAACAACGCCGCAUCUUCAUGGUCUCUGCAUUUGAGGAGAGCUCCCUUGUUGAACAACUUCACAGAUUGCGUGCAUAUCUCGACUCAAAAGCGUCGAUUAACACAGAUGAUCUAAUGCGUGACCUAGCGUUCACUCUAAAUGAGCGACGCACAAAUUAUCUUUUUAGGGCCGCGGUUAUCGGGGAUUCUCCAGUGGCCGUUGCGACCGCAUUAUCAGAAGGUGUCAAAAUCCAAAAGGCCCCUCGCAGACCUGCUGUCGGAUUUGUUUUCACAGGACAGGGUGCGCAAUGGCGCGGGAUGGGAAAGGAACUACUGGAAAUCUACCCCGUGUUUCGGCAAUCCAUUCAACGGAUAGAUUGUCAUCUGGCACAAAUGGGAGCGCCAUUCUGCAUCUUAGACGAGUUGACCUCCGAAGGAGAAGAUGCGCAGCUGGACCACCCGCUUUUGAGCCAGCCUAUAUGUUCUGCUCUACAAAUUGCUUUGGUCGAUUUACUUGCGUCAUGGGGAGUCUAUCCAGACUCGGUAAGUGGUCAUUCUAGCGGCGAAAUUGCUGCCGCCUACGCAGCGGGCGCUUUAACUAUGGGGGAUGCUAUGAUGGUAGCAUAUUACCGUGGAGUAGUUGCCAGUAAAUUACCUUCAAAGGGAUACCAAGCUGGCGGUAUGCUAGCUCUAGGAUUAUCACCUGGCGAUGCUCAACCCUACCUAGAAUCUCUGACGUUAGGCUCGGCAGUAGUGGCUUGCGUCAAUAGCCCAACAAGCAUUACCGUAUCCGGUGACAGCCCAGCCAUUGACGAGUUGGAAUCGACUGUCCGCAAGCAAGAUAUUUUUUGCCGUCGGCUGGCCGUUGGAGUCGCCUACCAUUCCCAUCAUAUGAAGACUGUUGGAGAUGCAUACUUAUCUUCAAUAUCUACACUAGGCUCAUGCUCCUCACAAAGCUCCUCGAACCGGACUAAGAAGAGCCGGGUGCGCUUCUUUUCAUCUGUCGUUGGGGCGGAAGUGACUACAGCUGAACUAGGCCCCACGUAUUGGGUCGAGAACCUGUUGGGUCAGGUGAAGUUCGCCGAUGCUGUUUGUUCCUCCACAGUUCCGGAUACAAAAAGAACAAGGCGCCUGGGUGCCGCACGGAAGGUAAGUAUCGACUGCCUUCUAGAAAUAGGGCCUCAUUCAGCCCUCGCAGCGCCCAUAAGACAAAUCUUGCAACACAAUAAGAAGCUCAGCGAAGCGAACAUUCGUUAUUAUUCUGCCCUGUCUCGCACGAGGGAUGCGACAGCAACGACACUGGAUAUGGCUGCCUCCCUGGCAUGUUCCGGAUACCCGGUCAAUUUCCAAGCGAUUAACGACCCGUCGCCGUCUAAGAAUCCUAGCGUUCUUGUGGACUUGCCAACGUAUAGCUGGAAUCAUUCAAGGUCGUACUGGGCGGAACCGAGGAUUAGCAAAGCAUUCCGUAGCCGCAAACAUCCUCGAACAAACCUUCUUGGAGUGGUUGAUCGUGGGUCAUGCCCCUUCGAGCCCCGUUGGAAGAACUUCCUCCGUGUCUCGGAAGACCCGUGGUUAGCCGAUCACAAAAUUCAGUCCAAUAUUGUGUAUCCAGCAGCGGGAUAUGUUGCCAUGGCUAUAGAGGCGGUGGUCCAGCAUGCCGUGAACAGCAAGGAUACCAAUAAUUUUGCCACUGUAUGCCUGCAGGAUGUUUCAAUCAAGACACCGAUCAUCAUAAAUGAAACACUUGCAGUGGAGGUCAUGAUCUCGCUUCAAUCGCUCCAGGACGCUACAACAACAGGCUAUCACAGAUUCCGCAUAUACUCGGUGACAGAAGAAAGCAACUGGACCGAACAUUGCCAAGGGGUCAUAUGCCUCCAAGCAACGGAUUCUGAUAGCACCGAAGAAAUGGAGAGCUUUGAAUACCCCACAAGCCCUCUUUCUGACGAUUUUGACCUUGAUAAAUUCUACACAAUGCUCUCUGAUAUUGGACUCGAAUACGGACCCACAUUCACCAACAUAAAGCACGCUCACUUCACAUCUGACACCUCAAUAGCCCAAAUAUCCAUCCCGGACACCGCAUCAGUUAUGCCAGAAGGGUUCGAAUACCCGCAUUUGAUACACCCAUGCACCCUCGAUAGUAUAAUACAGACUAUUUUCAUCAACAUGGACAUGAAAGAGAAUCCUGCUGUCCCUGUGUACAUAAAGCAGAUGAUCAUGUCCAUGAAGACGCCAAGAACAGCAGGUACCGCGUUGGACACUUGUACAAAAGUCAGAAAGAGUAGAAAGGGGGAUCUUCUUGCGUCUAUUUCUGUCCUUGAUAAUAAUGGAUCCCCUGCAAUUUCUAUUGCGGGUCUGCAGUGCAGAAACAUACAGCAAAGUUCGAUGGAUACUGUAUCCAAGGAAGCUCGACUAGCAUACCGACUAGAGUGGAGUCCUGAUCCCGGCUUCCUUGUUCAGCAAAACUUUCGGGACGUCCUUGAAAAACGGGGAGACGAUACCCAGAAGCAUUUCUGGGAUACCAAAGGUGGUGAACCUAACAAAGAUGCAAUCCCCCUGACCGAGUCGCCUGAACGUCUGCCCACCAUCGACGAGCGUCUAGGGUUUCUCACAGAUAUAGCAACAAAGAUGGAGUCGCUAGGCUCGUUCGCCGAUGCUGUGAACGUUAACAUCGCCGGGUUGCAGAACUCCAACAUGAUACAGAAUCUCUUACCAACUCUAGGGGGGCGGUUGUCAGACAUCAUGGCAGGGAGUGCCAAUCUCCACAGUCUGGCGGAUGACGCAGCGAUUCUCGAAGCAUACUGGACCAAUGCCUAUAAAGAUCAAAUAUAUCAGUGGGCAGCUGUCUAUAUAGACCUUGUCAGUCGUAAAAACCCAAUGAUUUCAGUCCUAGAACUAGAAUCAGGGUCCGGCGACAUGUCACGCACAUUGUUACAGCGGCUGAUGGGUGAAUCUAAGCCUCGAUGUAUUGAGUACACUUUGGCACACUCAAAACAGGAUCUGCUCGAUAAAGCCAAACCUAAACUUUCCCAGUGGCAGGACUGGUUGGGUUUUGUUUCUCUCGAUAUAGAAGGUGACUUGAACCCACAGUCAUCCGGGGAUCAUCUCUAUGAUGUGGUUAUUGCACCUCGUGGUAUCCACACAGUGAAACACAAGCAGCAAGCUUUGAAAAACAUGCAUGCUCUACUUCGAAAAGGAGGCCACUUGGUUCUCGUUGACCCGCCUACUAGUCAUCAGCAAAUUGGCGAUUCUCUGCGAUCUUGUGGUGUUCUCGGGUCGAAUGAGGGACUGCAGCACGGGACUACCGACAGCCAAAAAUUUGACAUGGACACUGGUCUGAAAGAGGCUGGCUUUUGUGGAAUUGCUGCUACAACACAGUCCCCCGAUGGCUAUACCAUGGUUCUUUCAAGGCCCUCAAAAGAGCUGUCCACUCCUUAUGGUGAAACACUCAUAGUCACGGGCAAGGAUGCCUACGAUGACACUGUUCGGCAUUUGAGGGCUCUUCUAGCUUUAGAAACCAAGAUUGUGAGCGUGGCAGACUUGACCAGCGCCAUGCCGCGAGGGAAGUUUUGUAUUGUCUUCAAUGAUAUUGGCAGCUCUGUAUUGUCGAAUCCCAACCAGAUGGUAUUCUCUACAGUCAAGCAAAUAUUUCUCGAAUCAGCUGGGGUUCUGUGGGUGACUACAGGGGGAACAAUAAACCCGUCCAAUCCGAAUGCUGGAAUUCCUGCUGGAUUUGCGCGAACUGCCCGCUCGGAAUCCGGUGCUGGGCCCAUCAUCACGCUUGACUUAGAUAGCGAGUCGCCAUCGUCACAAACUCGGGUCGCCGAAAUCAUAUAUGAUAUCAUACGACAGCACGCCUCAGCGGGAGACAAGGACGAUCGUGACACCGAGUAUGCCGAAAGACGAGGGACAGUCUUCAUCCCGCGGCUGGUUGAAGACAAUCGGCUCAACCGGACAUUAGCAACAUCGAAGCAGUCAUAUGUCAUAAGUGAUGAAAUAGUCUCCUCAUCUGUUCGGCCUCUCCGAGCAGUCAUCGACGCUGAUAUUGGGCCGGGGGGCGUUCAUUUUGAGAAUGAUCCUGAUGUCGAAACCCUCCCAGAAGACUGCAUCCGCAUUGCAGUCCACGCAGUCAGCACAACAAAGCAAGGUCUCAAGCCUGAUUUGUCUCGUAAUGGUGGACGGCUUAAAUUAGGCUCGGCAUGCAGCGGAGUCGUGCAAGCCGUUGGAGAUAAGGUGUCCAACUUUGCCCCUAAUGAUCGCGUGGCCUGUCUCGGAUUAGGAACUGUAGCCAGCUUGUGUCAGGGCAAGCAGUCCGCAUUCCAGAAAAUUCCAUCUGGCCUGGAUUUUGAUACGGCAGCCAUUCUACCAUUGGCUUACUGUAUGGCCUUUUACGCUGUGCAUCAUCUUGCGCAUGUUGUAAUUGGGGAUCGCGCUCUGGUGGUGUGUGAGGACAAAACGCUAGGACAUGCUUUCGCAGAAGUUAUCAACCAUGCUAAGGGUCAAACGUUUCUUAUAAGUGGAGGUGGUGAGGAAACUUCGGCUACCUCUUUUCCCGCAGUGCCUGGAGAUGGGAUACUGCGACAUGGCUCUACGACAGCCAAAGAGCUCAAGAAAUUAACCGGUGACAGUCAGGUGGAUAUAAUUGUCAACUGCAUGGAACCGAUAAGCUCAGUUCAUUCAUUGUGGAGUUGCAUGAGUGCAGGGGGUCGAUUUAUCCAACUCAUCGGUCUGGAGUCGUCGGCACGGCCUGUGUGGGAAGUGCCGCGUCUCGAGGGCGAUUGUCGGUUUGCGACGUGUGACUUUACUGACUUACUCAUGCGCGAUUCCAAUCUUGUGCACGGGAUUUGGAGUAAUGUUGCAUCUCACUUGCGAGAUGGCGAUCUUCACGAGAUUCCGCUACCACCGAGAUACAAUGUAUCCAACCUUGCCGAUGGACUGGACGCCCUCGAAUCGGACCCUCGGGUGCAGUCUAUUCUUGUCACGAUUGGUGAAAAUGAUGUCGUUAAGACACUUACGCCGAAAGAGCCUUCUUCUCUUUUCCGACCCAAUACAUCGUACGUGCUUGUUGGGGGGUUAGGUGGUAUCGGUCGAGCAACAUCUAUUUGGAUGGCUGAAAAUGGAGCGCGCACAUUAGUAUUCCUGAAUAGAAGCGGUCUAUCACAGGAAUCAUCCAAAGCUGCCGCUCGAGCUUUGAAAGAAAAGGGCGUACGUGUAAUUGUGCGCGCCUGCGAUGUAUCCGACAGUGACCAAGUCUCCAAAAUAAUGAGAGAGCUCAAAGACACAGCUCCGCCUAUCCGAGGUCUCAUUCACGCAGCAAUGGUAGUAAAGGAUUCGCAUAUCGAGAAAAUGACCUUGGACGACUACCUCACCGUCCUCCGACCCAAAACCACUGGAACAUGGAACCUCCACCGCUACCUCCCCCAAGACCUCGACUUCUUCCUCAUGCUAUCUUCCAUAAGCGGUAUAAUCGGCAACGCCACACAAGCGGCCUACGCCGCAGGCUCAACCUUCAUGGACGCCUUCGCCGCUCACAGACGAACCCUAGGCCUACCCGCCGUGUCUCUCGACCUAGGCGUCAUCACAGACGUAGGCUACCUCGCCGAAAACCGCGACCUCGCGUCCCGCAUGGCCCAGCAAGGGUUCCACGGCACAGACACACCCACCCUCCUAACCCUGAUUUCAACGGCCCUCACCCCAACCCAGCAACACCAUGGCCCCUCAGCGCAGAUUAUAACCGGCCUAGGCGACUACCGCGAAGACGAAUCCCUUCCCAUCCUCUCCGAAAGCCCCCUCUUCUCACACUUCCGUCACAUCUUCUCCGCAGCCGACGCACGAAACGGCAAAACAGGGCCUCUACGAGCAAGAGAUACCCUCCGCGCGGACCUCUCCUCCGCCCCGUCCAUCGACGACGCAGUCGCUAUCGUCUACGCGGCUCUCUGCGCAAAGAUAGCAGCAAACCUGUCAAUUCCAACGGACGCCAUCAGCCCGACUGCCCCGAUUGCGGAGUACGGCAUUGAUUCGCAUGUGGCGGUUGAGCUGCGCAAGUGGAUCGCCCGCACUACGGACAGCACAGUGUCGAUCCUGGAGAUUCUGGGAAGUACUUCGUUGAUGGAGUUGGCUGGUAGGGUUGCGGGGAAGUCGGGACUUGUCAGUGUGGAAUAAUGGUUGGGACACGGGGUUAAGGCCGGGGUGACAUGAGAUUGGGAGAUAUUGAUGAAUGUGGAGAGAGGCUGGGAGAUUACAGAUUGCCAGUUGUCUUUUCUUUACUACUUUUAUUGUUAUUAUGCUUUUUAUAUCUGUAAUGCUGCUUUAGC